AAUCCGGUAGUUUUUUCAGUCAAGCGAGUAAUUUUUCGUAAAAUUAUGCAACAUGGAAGAACUAUCAGAAAUAAUUAAAAACUUGGAUUUAGAAGAUGUGGUAAAUGAAAAUGUGGGAUAUGAAUAUAUAAAUGUUUUCAAAAACCCGAACAAAUUGCCAAUAAAUCAUAUUCAUUUAGAAAAAGUUGUGGUAGAAUUACGUAAAGAAGCCCCUUUAGAGUCAAUUAAACCAAAUGACGACAUUGAAAAACAAUGUUUUGAGCGUAAAACACAAGUAAUACCUGCACUUAGCAAAUGUUGGUUGCCUGAAUCACAACAAUACUACAAAUAUCAACCAUACAAUUUUACUUUGUCCAAAAAAGAAAACUCUUCAUAUUUGAUAAGUAAUCGUCUGUUUUUACAAACGCUGCAUUAUUUGUUAAGUUGUAACUACCACCAAUUUUGGUGCUUAGUUUUGUAUGAACCCAAAGUGGCAGUUUGCCUUCAUAGUUUCCUACUGAAUCCAAUUUUACCUCAUCAGAUAAAAAAUUUAGAUGAUGAGACGUGUACAGUCUAUUUAGCAGUAUUUUCACAAUUCCGGCGCGUUUAUCAAAGACUAACAACGUUUCAAGAGACUGAGAGUGAAUAUAUGCCAGACGGUGUAGGUCUUCAGUUUUUAUUAGAAAAUAAAUUACUUAAUCUUCCUAUAGUAAUUACGUUGUUUCUUUUUUAUCAUGAAACUAACCAAGACUUCGUUAAUGAUUUAGUUUCUUUGUAUUUUAAUGGAACGUCCGUUUUUCGUGAUAAAGAGAUUGAAGAAAUGCUAGAUCAAGUUAUAUUGACUUUAGAAAUGAUUGGAGGUCACGUUUGUGGCUUUGAACCUGAUGCUGUGAUAAUUCCUAUAGCUGUUGAAGAAAAACCUCCAGUAUUUAAUCUUGCCUGGGUAUUUUCAGUUGUAGAUUAUUUAUUAAACACAAUUUCGUCAUUACGUAUGUUGCUGAAAUUUUAUAAACCGGCGAUAAAUGUGGCAUUAUCAAAAGGAAUUCCUUACAGAUUAUCGUACACUUAUGAAAAAGUUUUCUACCAAUUAUACGAUUUUUUGGACGGAAGGAAAGAAUUAGAACAAAACAGGCAAUUAUCUGGAAUUAUAUUUGAAGAAAUUGCUUUAGGAAGGUCGGAAUUUAUUGACGUUUAUUACGCUUUUACCACAUAUUGUUUAGAUAAAACUUUAGAGUUUAGUGGCGACCCUGUACAUCAGGAAGAAUACGUUGAGAUUUAUCUGAAAUUAUUAACUACAGCCCUUGAGGAUGAAUAUUUUAUCUGUGAUUAUCACGAACGCUACGACGUGGGAAUCCAAAAUGAAAUGUUUAGUAGUUGUACUGAGAUUGACCAAACACGGACUGAUUAUAUUCUGAAUUGUAUAACUUGUUUGAGACGACAUAACAGGCUUUGGAAAACUCUAAGGUGUGAAGUAAAAACGCUCCAAAAGGCCAUACAAAAAUACGCAUCAAAUAGGAAAGUUAAGUCGGAAAUUGUGCAAGAAAAUGGGUUGGGGACACAACCAGGGCCCUCAAAUCAUGUGGAGGAGACGUUCGUUCCCCCCAGUGAAGAAGAAAUUGAAAAUUGUAUCAGAAUGGUGAUUGAUAUGUUUCCCCAUUUGGGAGAUGGAUUCAUCUUGCAGUGUUUGGAAGCAUACAAUUAUAACACAAGUGAUUUAAUUGGUGCAAUUCUUGAGCAAAAUCUACCGCCUCAUUUAGUCGACAUUCCAUUUGACCAAAUCCGGAUUCCUCCGGAACCGAAACCGGAAGAACCAAUCCUGGCUUACAAAGGCCGGAAGCCGGACUAUGACGACGCUUUGAAACUACUAAACGACAAGAGAGACAUCAAAGAAAUCAAAACGUUUAUUUUGGACGGAAUACAAUACACCAACGAAUUCGAUGUUUAUGAUGACGAAUACGAUGAUAGGGCUGAUGAGGCUACAGUUCCAGUUCCCGACCACGGUUCUGAAGACAUUUUGAAGUUUAACCCUAACUAUGAAGAUGUCGUCAGCGAUACGAGCUAUUCGGAGGAUGAAUACGACGACGAGGGCAAACCGGUGGGGGCUUCAGAUCGCCCCCACAACAAGGCUAACUUUUGCGAAGACCCUGCUGUAAUCAGAGCGAGAAGAGAAGCUCGAUAUAGAAGUCAAGGCAAAGGCCAAACUUCACGCCCCAAAGCAAAAACCGAUGUGGUGGGUAAACAGAAAGGUCAAGGACAAGAGAAGAACGUUCUACAAAAUAGACAUAAGAAAAGUGUGAAUAAGUCGAGCAGAGCGAAUCAUAACAGAAAAAGUGGGGCCCAGUGGAAAAGAAACAAAGGCAUGGUGCCUUCGUAAGUGUUGGUUAUUUGUUCUUUUUGUUUAAUUUUUGGUAUGGUUUAGAAAUGUUGUGCUUUUAUUUCAAAUAUUUAAAAUUUUUUGAAUAAAAAUGGUUCAAUUUACAAAGUGUGUCAGUAACUUUGUCAGGAGAGAACAGAGACAGCGCAAUAAGACAAUAAUAUAUUUCUGUAAAAAUUAUCUUAAAAAUCUUGUAUUAAAAUAUUGUUUAGACUGU